UACAUAACAAUCUGUGCGGUGCUUACACGGUAACCCAUAUAAUCACAUUUUUGGUCAUGAAUAAGCUUGUGUCCACGAUUUUACGUACUGUUCCCUUAUGCCGGACGCUUCCGAGUGUCCAAUCGUUUCACGUUCUUGGCCGACAGUACAGCUACAAGAGUGAUCUGGCACUGGAAACGAUCUAUCCGAACAGCAGCCUUCGUUUGUACACACCAUCUGCACCUGCCCCCAAACCGGACGGUUCAUUUAAUGGAUACAUCCCCCUGGACAAGGUGAACAUCACGUACAGCCGUAGCAGUGGUCCCGGUGGACAAAAUGUUAACACAGUCAGCACGAAAGUGGAUCUACGAUUUCACCUGCAAACGGCAACCUGGCUAUCGGAAAAUACCCGCAAUCGGUUGGCUCAGAUGCAAAAAGGACGCAUCACCAAGGAUGGUUUUCUCGUAAUCAAAAGCGAACUGACCCGUUCCCAGCAGAUGAAUACGGCGGAUGCAUUGGAAAAGCUGCGUUCUUUUGUACGGCUAGCCGAGCAACCAGUCACCACAGAACCAUCGUCCGAAACGGUGGAAAAGCUCCGCCGAAGACACGAGAAAGCAGCCCGGGAACGGUUAGCGAUGAAGCGGAAACGUUCCGAAACGAAGGCCCAGCGUCAGGCGCCUCUGUAG